AUGGCGAAACGCAAUGAAGACCGCGAAUUUAUUAUUGAACUAUUGCAAUUAUAUCGCCAACAUACAGCUUUAUGGAAAGUUAAAAGUACUGAAUAUAGUGAUAGAAACCUGAAGAAUGAGGCAUAUAAUGUAUUAAUUGAAAAAUAUAAAGAAGUGGACCCAAAUGCAGACAAAGAAAUUGUGAAAAAGAAAAUUAAUAGUCUGAGAACUAAUUAUCGAAAAGAGCUGAAAAAAGUAAAAGCGUCCUACAAAUCUGGAAGUGGUACUGAUGAUAUAUACGUGCCUCCGUUAUGGUAUUAUAAUGAAUUUAAUUUUUCUACAAGACCAAGAAGUACCCGUGGAUGGAUCAUCUACAAUUAUUUUACAAAGCGAGGAUGA